ACGUGUCCCACAUGCCACCUUACGUGCACACGACACCGCACGCAAUCAACGAAGCCCGAUGCAGGAACAAGUGACAGUCGAAAGUCAACAAGCAACCGAAAACGAUGCAUUGAGCCACAUUCGAUGCCCUCACGAUCUCACGAAGCUCAUGAAAUGAAGUGUACACUCUGACCAUCACGAAGUUUCAAAGAUGGAUGACCUCUCGGGAUUAAACUGGUCGUCGUCGACCAACUCGACGAACAACAAGCCGCCGCCGAUGAACCCCUCGGGUGCCAACUACUUCGGCUCCAUGCGACCGGCCAACUCGACGCCAUCACCGUUCCCCUCCGGUCGCAACACGCCUCUGUCUGCACAGGGAUCUGGAGCUGUGGCUGCGAAGCCUCCGCCCGCGAAGCCACCCGCUGACAGUUUCAGCAACCUGAUGAACUUUGGUAGUGCCGGGCCUGCCAAACCGACGUCGAAACUCACCUUGCUAGAACAGCAACAGAAGCUCGAAGCGGAGAAGAAAAAGAAGGAAGAAGAGAGACGGAGACAAGCGCAGGCGCAAUUUGGUGGUGGUUUUUUGGAUACACUUGGAUCAGGCUCCGUGUCGAGGACGACGUCCCCUGGUAUACUGUCCCCUGGCUCUUCUACGGGCAAGAAGGCCAGUGACGAUGACGACCUCUUUGCGGCGUUCAACUCUGAGACCAAGGUCGACAAUGCCAGCCACUAUCCUCCGCCUCCUCAGAAGAGCGCCUCGCCUGCGAUUGCCCCAGGGUUGGACCUCAGCAACCCAAGCGCAUGGAGUCAGGCACCUCCCCCUGCCAAUGGCGGCUUUGGAGACGACGACGAUCCGUUUGGUCUGAAUCAGCUAAAGCCCAAACCUGUGUCUCCCGCGUCCCAGCCGACGAACGACGACGACGACGACGACUUCCUCGGCGACCUAGCCCGCCCGGUUGAAGAGGUUCGGCGCAAGCAACCCACCCCGCAGCCCAAGGGGCCUGAACCCGGAAAGCCGAUUGAGGCAUCCGAUUCCAGCUCAGAUGAUGAACAGCAGCCAGCUCCCAGGGGCGAAAUGGCCGAAUUUGACAAUGCCGUCGCGCAGCUCGUCGAUUAUGGCUUCACCCCUGAAAACGCUCGGAGGGGUUUGACAGAGAGUGGUGCGGGGUUGAAUGUGCAAGCAGCGGCCAACUGGCUUUUGGACGAUGCGCACCGACAAGCCAAGGCAAAGGCCCAAGGAAAGGACCCGGUGGCCGCUUCAAGAAGGGGCCGGGAGGAUAGUGGCAGACACGACAGUCAGAGGCGGGCCGAUACCAGGUCUCCUGCCGGUGAAGCUGACUUUUCAAAGACUGCUGCGGCUAUGGGAAAUAGCAUUUUCAAGACAGCCAACUCUCUGUGGAAGACUAGCAAGAAGCAGGUCGCGGCCGCAGUGGCAGACUUUAAUCAACCUGAGGGAGACCCCAGCCAGCCAAAAUGGAUGCGUUCAGCAGCACAGGCAGAUCGUGCUCAGCCUGAGAGGCGGGUGGCCGAGGCUACAAACGAGGCCAUGAUGCUAGAGUCUGGCGGUCGACCACAAAGGAAAACCGGGCAAUCAUCGCAGUCGCCGAGACCAGAGGCGCCUCGUCGGACAGCAUCCCCUAGAGACCAAUCUCCUGCGGUGUCGGCCCCGUCAAGCGGGAGAGGCACCCCGGUCCCGAGAUGGCAACAACAAAGCGGUCCAGCAAUGCCGGAUUCAAGAACUCGUGCAAGCAAGCUGGCCAUGGCAGACGACAGCGCGGCCUCGUAUGUCAGCCCUGCUAGGAGGAAGAAGGCUACACCUCAACCAGAAGCGCCUCCACCUCAGCAGGAGGAGCCGGAUCUGCUUUUUGGUUCCCAAGCACUCAAACCCUCGCAAUCUCUCCCUCAGCGCCCGGCUCAGUCAUCGCAGCCAUCACGACCCGCACAGCCCGCUCAAGCUGCACGGCCUGCCAGACCCCCUUCUCCCAAGCCUGCCCCUCGACCGGCUCGUCAAGUCCCACCAAUCACACCUGCGGCGAUACAACAGUCGACGAAACAUCGUCUCGAUGGAACUGCCCAUUUCAAGCGCGGAGAUUACGGCGCAGCCCAUUCAUCUUACACGUCAUCCCUGUCGGCUGUACCAUCUUCGCAUCCCCUCGCGAUUGUCAUUCUUACAAACCGGGCACUGACAUCGUUGAAGAACGGUGAGCCCAAGCGGGCGGUUGAGGAUGCCGAUGCCGCACUGAAGAUUAUUGGUCCUGCUGGUGGCCAAGGCGAGCAAGUGUCUGUUGUAGGUGACACCGGCGGUCAAGAAAGCCGUGACAUGCGAGACCUGUACGGCAAGGCAUUGAGCCGCAAGGCCGAGGCCCUCGAGCAAAUGGAGCGAUGGGGUGAUGCCCACGCCGUCUGGUCAACCUGCGUGAAGAACGGCGUCGGCGGCCCCACCGCCAUCUCUGGCCGGCAACGAUGCCAGUCGGCCCUGGCUCCGAAGCCCAAGCCCAAGCCUCGACCCGCCGCCGCUGCUCCUGCUCGGUCUCGCCCUGUCGCGGCUUCUGCCAAGAACAUGGAGGCCGUCGAGCGCUUGCGGAAGCAGAACCAGGCAGCGGCGCAAGAAGACGACGAAAAGUUUGCGCUGUCGGAGAAGGUUGACGCCAAAAUCGCAGCGUGGAGGGACGGCAAACGGGAUAACCUGCGCGCUCUGAUUGGUAGUUUGGACUCGGUGCUCUGGGAAAACAGCGGGUGGAAGAAGGUUGGGCUGCACGAGCUUGUUAUGGCCAACAAGGUGAAGAUUCACUACAUGAAGGCCAUUGCCAAGUGCCAUCCCGACAAGCUUCCCCAAGACGCUAGCACGGAAGUGAGGCUUAUUGCCGCUACAGUCUUUGCGACUUUGAAUGAGAGUUGGGAUAAGUUCAAGUCCGAGAAUGGAUUGUAAUUACGGGGCGGCAUGAUUGAGGGGUUUUAGACGCGUGAGUGACGGAUUCGGAACUACGAGGACGAGCAUGAAGGCAUUCGUACCGAACGUAAGCAAGCAUUUAUGAUGGAAGUGAAUAUUUG